AGCCAGCUCCUCUCAACAUGGGGCAGCAACUUCACCCGCAACACCAAAGCCGGCCUCGCCGACAUGACCCCCAAGGACUGGAUCCGCCUCGUCAUCAUCGUCGGCACAUACUGUCUCCUCCGCCCCUACCUGAUCAAGCUCGGCGGCCGCAUGCAGACCAAAUCGCACGAGGCCGACGCCGCGGAGACGGAAGCGUUGGGCGCGGAAAUCAGCCCGAAUGACCUCAGGGGAGGCAAGAAAGGGAAGAUUGAGAUUCCGGGUGUGGGCGAUAGCAGUGAUGAGGACGAGGAGGAGUCGAGGCCGGGAGACUGGGGAAAGAAGGCUAGGGUCAGGCAGAGGAAGUUUAUACGGGAGGCGCUGGAGAGGGAGGAGAGGAGGUUGGCCGAAGAUCAGGAGGCGGAGAGUGAUAAGGAGAUUGAGCAGUUUUUGGUGGAUUAG